AUGUUUAUUUUUCAUACAAAAAAGAAUCAACCAGGCCAUCAACAACCUCAAGCUCAACAUCAACAACAUCAAGCUCGACCUCAACAAGUUCGACCUCAACAUCAACAACAUCAAGCUCGACCUCAACAAGUUCGACCUCAACAUCAACAACAUCAAGCUCGACCUCAACAAGUUCGACCUCAACAUCAACAACAUCAAGCUCGACCUCAACAAGUUCGACCUCAACAUCAACAACAUCAAGCUCAACAUCAACUAGUUCGGCAUCAACAACAUCAAGCUCAACAUCAACUAGUUCGGCCUCAACAACCUCGAUAUCAACAAAUGCACCCGUUUGUAGUACGUAACAAACGAAAUAAUGAUCGUUUUCUUUGCGCUGAACGAUAG